AUGUUUCUUGAAUCGACGCUUAUUGGCGCCAUUGCCUUCUCUGGCUUUUUUGCAUCUGCUCAUCAGGGGCCACAUGCACAGUUCAGUGCAUCAGAGCUGGCAGCGCGGUCUGAAAAGGUACAACAAUGCUCCAACACUGUCGGGGAAGGUAAAAAAAAAAGACAUGCCCUCCGCCGCAGAGAAAUGGCCAAACGGGAUUCCAAUGGUGAAACCACUUAUGAGAUCCACGCCCAAGCUCCCAAGUAUGAUCUCUUGAAGAACGGCACCACCCUUCUGACCCCAGAAGUGAGCGAGGGACCCUAUUGGUACCCAAGAAGCCAGGCACUUCACCAAGACAUUGCAGAAGAACAAGAAGGUGUCCCCCUUGUCCUAGAUAUUGCUCUUAUGGACAUCGAUACCUGUGAGCCUCUGACCGGUGUUCUGGUGGAUAUUUGGCACUGCAACGCCACUGGAUCAUUCAGUUCGUUUACCGGCUUGGAUCCCAACGAGUCAUUCGGAACGGUGUAUAAAGAAAAAACUGGAAAGACAUUUUCCACGUCCGGUGGACUUCCCGAGUCCAAGCUAGAGGGCCUUUCAACCGACAGUGAGACGUGGCUCCGGGGCAUGUGGCCCACGGACAAGCAUGGCGCGACCUCCUUUCAGACUGUAUUCCCUGGAUUCUAUAUAUUCUUCGCUGAGGACUUGGAAGAGGAGAUCAUGGCUCUGGAGCCAUAUGCCAGCCAUACUCAGAUCUCCCGCCUGAAGAAUAUCAAUGAUGGAAUUUACACCAAUGAGUCAUAUACCGGUGCAAUGACCAUCAUGGAUACCGAACCGCUCGGCGGAAGGUCCUACAAAAACGGAGUCCUUGGAUAUAUUGCUUUGGGAAUUGAUACUACCUCAAUUAAGGAUGGUACAACCGAAAGCCCAAAUCCUCCGGUAGUUUCAGACCCUCCUACUAUCAAUUGA